AUGGACAGUUCAUCCCACAUGUUACUUACCCGCGAUGAUGGGAUGGGGGCCGCGCAUGGCCAGCAGGCAUUGGUCGUGACUGCUGUGUUGACUGCUCUUUCUACUUUAAUUGUGGCAAUGCGGUUCUACGCACGGCUUGGAUUGAUGAAGAUGACCGGUCGUGAGGAUUGGGCUAUUCUGAUCUCUUUGGUCUUCUCCCUCAUAUACCUGUCUCUCGUUGCUGCCCAACUGCACUAUGGCAUGGGUAUCCAUUCAGCACUACUUUCUACCGCUGUUUUACAGAAACAAUUGAAGUGCUUGUGGGCGGCAAUUCCCAUGUACAACGCCAGCAUGGCUUUCACCAAGAUCUCCAUUCUCUUCCAAUACCUACGCAUCUUUCCCGGCCGAUCAUUCCGCUACGCCUGCUACUCCGUGAUGGGCGUUGUGGCCUUGUACUCUACAUGGGCCAUUGUGAGCGGCUUUGUGAACUGUGUACCUGUGGCCAAAUUCUGGAAUCACGACUUGCCAGGCAACUGUCUUAGCUUUGAAGCUGUUUGGUUCUUCAACGCAUCCAUGAACAUCGUGACCGAUGUCACCCUGCUGCUCCUCCCCAUGCCGCUACUUUCCAAUCUACAGUUGCCUCGCAGACAGAAAUUCGCCUUGAUGGGCGUCUUUGCAAUUGGUAUCUUGGUGGUGGUCACCAGUAUUCUCCGACUGUCCAGUCUGCGCCAAGUAGCAAAGAGCACCGAUACAUCCUACAGUAACGUCGGAGCCGCCUACUGGACGGCAGCAGAAUGCAACGUCGCCAUCAUCUGCGCCUGUCUUCCAUUCCUACGACCCAUCAUCAGUUGUAUCUUCCCCAAACUAUUCGCCAACAGCAGCUACAAUAUGUACAACAACACUGGCACCAAGCCCACGGGAACCAACCUCACCAAGACUCGCACUAUGAACCGACAUACUCAGUUAUUCAGCCAGAACGAGGAUAAAGACUACGAUAUGUACUCGAUCAAUGUCAAACCUGGUAACCAUUCCAGCCACAGCUCUCUCGGUGGUAUCGCGGUUACAACUGAGAUGAGUGUUAUGCAAGAGUCGGUUAAGAAAGAUACCGCCAGUCAACGUGGUCUGGUGAUGGAU